AUGUUCAAUGAUAGUACGAAAUCAGGAUCUAGGUUAACGUCGCAAGCACGUAUUGAACAAAAAAUCACAUAUUCUGCAUGUGCAAUUGUCACUUGCUUCACAGUUACUCAAGCUCCAUCGGUUUUGCUUCCAACAAUACUGGGUAAUCCAACGUUCCGUGGACCUGAAUGGAAAAUGAACCUGCAAAUUGUAACGAAUUGUAUGGUGGUAAUUGGUAAAUCAUUAAAUUUUGCACUAUUCUGCCUGAGUUCCAAAACAUUCCGACAACGUCUCGUUGAAGUGUGUCGACACAUUUUGCAAUGCAAAAGUUUCAGGCAACUGAUGCUGCAGAGCAGUUCCUUCCCGCUUAGUAACACGACACGGAAUACAGCCAUAGUGGAUGGAUCCAGCUGUAAAAGUGAAGCAAAUCAACGACCGACAUCUUCUGGGGCAAUUUAUUUGAGAAAAGUUCGACGCUCAUUGCCAUCAAUUCGUUACAGCGAUAUUCGUCGUAGCAGUAAGAAUGUGACCAUCAUCAGACCACGAACACUUUCGAUGGUACAGAUAUGA